AUGGCAUUCUAUCGGAUCGGUGUGGAUGUGGGUGGCACCAAUACCGAUGCUGCUAUCCUCAACACGGCAGCCGCAACCCUCCAUGAACAGGACUUGCAUCGAGAUCGACAGAGGGGCGUGUGCGCUUCCAGCAAAACUCCUACCACUGCCGAUGUGACUUCUGGUAUUUGCACGGCCAUUGUCGAUGUCCUCGCCAAGGCGCAGAUUCCCGCCCACGAGGUGCGCAGUGUAGCCAUCGGCACUACUCACUUCGUCAACGCUGUUGUGGAGGCGGACCCCGGUCGGCUCAAUAAGGUCGCUGUCGUUCGUCUGUGUGGUCCAUACACUCGGGCGGUACCACCAUUCUCCGACUUUCCACCACGACUUCGUGAAAUUAUCGGAGGACCGGUUUUCUAUCUCGACGGAGGUCUCGAAAUCGAUGGUCGGGAAAUCGCGCCCAUCUGCCCUCAACAGAUUGAGGAUGCCGUGUCCACCACCGUUGCUCUCGUUGGGGUGUUCUCGCCCCUUGACCACGGGGGCGCGAACGAGGCAGCUUGCAAGAAACUGAUGUUACAGCAAAGCCCUGACUUAUCCGUGGUGUGUUCUGCCGAUAUUGGCAGUGUUGGGCUGCUGGAACGUGAGAAUGCAACGAUACUCAACGCCUCCAUCCUGGCUCUGGCGAAGAGGACCAUCCGAGCUUUCUGUCUCGCCAUGAAAAACCUACAGCUCAAAUGCCCGUUGUAUCUUACUCAAAACGAUGGUACUUUGACGAGCGCUGCAAUGGCUGCAGAGCGACCUAUUCAGACUUUUGCCAGUGGACCGACAAACAGUCUGACGGGGGCAGCCUAUCUGGCCGGUCUGGACCAACGCAGCAUCACAAGCAGGACUGCCACUCAAGUCCUGGUUAUGGAUGUGGGAGGAACGACCACCGAUGUCUGUGCUCUCUUGCCAUCUGGAUUUCCCCGCAAGGCGCCCAACUUUGUUGAAGUCGGCGGAGUACGUACGGCUUUUCCUAUCCCAGAGGUGCUCUCAGUGGGACUGGGUGGAGGGAGUCGCAUCCACAUUGAUGGCGCCGAAGGCACCGUGAGUGUUGGACCCGACUCGGUUGGAUACCAUUUGACACAGGACGCCCUAGUCUUUGGCGGCAAUACCAUGACCUCGACGGAUAUUGUUGUCGCGUCUGGCAAGGCUGAGCUUGGGGAGCGCUCUCGGGUGAAGCACCUCCCGAUCACUGUUCUUACCGAAGCUCGCGCAGGCAUAAAGAAAAUACUCGAGCGCACUAUCGACGCGAUGAAAGUGUCUGACCAGCCCGUGACUCUCUUACUAGUCGGAGGUGGCUCUAUCGUGUACAUGGACGCACUUGAGGGCGUCGCCGAGUGCAUUGUUCCUCCGCACCAUGACUCUGCCAACGCGGUUGGGGCUGCCAUCGCCAAAGUCUCUGGUGAGGUGGAUGUUGUUGAGAUCCUGGAGGGUCGCGAUGAGGGAGCCGUAGUGGAAGCAGCAAAGCAGCAGGCGAUACAGGCCGCCAUCGAACGCGGGGCUGACAAGGACGAUGUGAGCGUUGUGGAGGUCGAUAAAAUACCACUGCAAUAUGUUACGAACAAAGCAGUCCGGCUUGUUGUCAAGGCUGUUGGAAAGCUUGCAACUCCCGCUCCGGGAGAUUCUGCAGAGGAGCAUUUGGUAUCUUGGAUGUCAACUGAUGUCGAUGACUCGUCCUUCAAGGAAGCAUCAGAAGUGGAGACGGUGGUUCCCGCUCUCAUUAGCACCAAACACAGUGCCUCCCUCGAUCUUGACACAUAUGUUCCUGAGGUGACGGACCAAGUCUGGUACCUUUCCGCCGUCGACUUGGAGUUCAUCGCGACCGGAACCGGUGUGUUGGGCACUGGUGGUGGGGGCCCGUCUUAUCUUCAGUAUUUGCAAUGUCUUGACUGGCUACAAAGCCCUGACGCAAAGGGACGUAUGAGGGUGGUAUCUCCAGAUAGCAUGAACGAUUCGGGUGUCUGCGUGUUUGGAUCGUGGUACGGCGCCCCCAGUGUGUCGGGGGAGCGAAUCCCGGCCAAGAUAGAACUCACAACUGCCAUCGACCAUGUCGUCCGUCUCUCUGGACAUACACACUUUGAAGGAAUCAUUGCCGACGAGAUUGGCGGAGGAAAUGGCAUGUCUACCUUUCCCACUAGCGCCUACUACGAUAUUCCGGUUCUCGAUGGUGAUCUCAUGGGCCGCGCCUAUCCCACCAUGGAGCACGGGACGCCUUAUGUCUAUGGACACCCCAUAACUCCGUGUGUGGUUGCGGACGCGAAAGGUAAUGUUGGGGUGGUGUUGAAAGCUGAGUCCAACCGUCGAGUGGAGGAACUGCUUCGAUGCCAGUGUGUGAAUCUUGGUAUCUCGACUGCUGUGGCUGCUGUACCCUUGACCUUUGACAUUGUCAAGAAAUACUGUAUCCCGAACACAGUGUCCCAAGCCUGGUAUCUGGGUCGCGCUAUUCAUCGCGCCCGCCGGUCCAAGACGGACAUCAUCAAAGCCAUUUUUGAAACCACACUCGGCAAACUGCUCUACAGUGGCAAGAUCAUCGACGUGAAGCGAGAUGUCAGUCGCGGGUACACGGUCGGCCAGUGCACAAUUGCACCGUUAUCCGGCGAGGAGAGAGAGAAUAUGGACAACCAGGUCUCGGCAGAAACACGUCACUUGGUGAUUCCAUUUCAAAACGAGUUUCUCUAUGCUGCGUACAUCGACCCUGCAUACCCCACAGCGCAGCAGGUUAUCUGCACAGUACCCGACCUCAUCUCGGUUCUAGGCCAAGAUGGCGAGGCAAUCGGGUCGCAGGAGCUGCGGUAUGGCCUGCGCGUGAAUGUCAUCGGCAUGGCGGCGCACCCUCUGUGGACCGGAGAUGAGCGAGGACUGCGUGUCGGAGGACCCCGGGGCUUUGGAUUGAAUAUGGAAUGGACGAGUCUCGGUCCGUAUCAGGCACCGCGCAGUGUCAUUGCGGAGUUUAACCAGCAGUUAUGA